UAUCAUUAUCACAAAAAAUCCCAUCAAACAAGCUCUGUACAUUGAUAUGUUCACUCCUUGCUUUCUCGAGUAAAAGCCAAAAGGUGUCGAGAAAAUGAAUAGAAAAAACAACUGAUAUCUCAGUGCCACAGUACCCAAAGAAAAGACCUUUGGUGACGAUCGUCUUUCUUCUUUGCCUUAGUUGAACAAAUCCCUUAAGAGAUUGAGGAAAAAGCUAGUUCUGCUUUUUAAAUAUGGAAGUUAAAGAAAAAAAGAUUGAAGUAGUUGCAGAAAAUAAGCCAUUGAAGGAUUAUGAGAGGGCAAGACGUACAUGGACGAUUGGGAAAUUCACUACUUUAAAUGUAUCAAAGUAUGACAGUAAUCCAUUUGAGAUCAAUGGAUAUACAUGGAGAUUACUUCUUUUCCCAAAAGGAAAUGGCGUCGAAUAUUUGUCUGUGUAUCUUGGGGUUCCUGAUUCAGAUAGCUUACCAGAGCGGUGGACUAGAACAGCCAAGUAUAGUAUCGAGCUGAUAAACCAGAUGGAUAGCACGAAAACUAUCAAGAAAGAAAUAAUACACCAAUUCAGUUCACAAGAAAGUUAUUGUGGCUUCACCUCCUUUUUUCCUCUUAAUAAAUUACACGAAAGAAAUAGUGGUUAUCUUGUUAAUGGCGGAUGUGAAAUUGAAGUGGAGAUACAUGUGAUUCAUGCUUCUCCAGUUUCCUCAGAUAAACCUUCUGAUUCAUCUGUCCCUGAUGAUCGGAGUGUGGGUAACUCCGUUGAUCUAGAUGUUGUGGAAUCCAUAUACAGCAACGCCAAAUCCUUCCUCAUGUCAGUGUCAAAGGAAUCAACCAGUGUAGUAACUGAUGCUACGUGUGUAAUGCAUUCGACAAAAGACAACUGUGCACGUUUGGCAAAAGAACGGUUCAACGAGAUGAUUUCGUUGCCUUUAGAUGAUUUUGUCAAUCCUGAGCACGAAACUUUAAUGGUAGAGACUCUGUCUAAGCUUGGCGAUCACCUGAAUUUGUUCUCUGAUGAACAGGCCAAAGAAAUUAUGAAGUUGAAAGCUGUUUUCCCGACAUCUAUACAGGAGUGGAGAGACUCGGUUCAAGUUAAGGUCAGUUGCCAACGGUUCUUGUCUACUUUUGAGAAGACAAAGAAUUUGCUCGAAGGUUCAGUGAAAACUGAAGAGGGAAUAAAGACUAAACUGGAACAGUUGAAGAUCAGAGAACAGGAGCUGAAGGCACAGUUAGAGGCACUUCAAAAUGACAGCCAACGACUUGUGAAGGAAAGACUGGAAGUAUCGAAGCAGACGCAGAAAAUUCAUGCCCUUGCAGAGGAGCAGGCUGGCAAAGUUAAAGGCAAAGAGAUAGAAAUAGCUGGUGCAGAGAACAAAUUAGAGGAUUUAAAAUCUAUCUGGGCUUCCAUUAAAUCCCUCUUCACUGAAGCUUGAGAUUUUCGGCUCCCAACUUGUAUGUUUUGGUGGGGAGAUAAGUGAUUUGCUCUUUUGUCUGAUGUCUAAUUAACUUUCUGUAACUAGUUGUGUGCUUCGUUUGAAAUUCUGAACUCGUACGUUUUUGCUCGUUUCUUAGGUAACUUUGUUUCACGGUCUAACUGUCCCCAGUCCCUUAAACCUUGAAGGACAUGCUGAUAUCUAGCA